AUGGACCCCGACGGCGACCCGGCAUUCCACCGCAACGAGGCCAUCUCCGCGGUCCAGGACGUCGACCAGUACUACGGCGACGACGACGACUUCGACGACCUCUACAACGACGUCAACGUCGGGGACGGCUUCCUCCACGCCUCACACCAGGCGCCGCCGCCGCCGCCGCCGCCGCCUCCGAAUCAGCAGGCCCCUCCGCCGCAGCAGCAACAGCUCCCUCCGCCGCCCCAGCAGCCACCGCAGCAGCAGCUGCAUCCACCGUCCCACACCCUCCCGCCACCGCAGCCGCAGGUCCCACCGCCGCAGCAGCAGCACCACCAGAUUCAGCAAGGAGAUGGGAUCAACCGCCCUGGAGGGAACUUCGCCGGCGGCCCCAUCGUGGUCGGGAACGGUGGCCCUGCUGGUGGGGGUGACGGCCCUGGCGGCACGAUGCUGUUCGUGGGGGAACUCCACUGGUGGACGACGGACGCGGAUCUGGAAUCUGAGCUCAGCAAGUAUGGUCCGGUCAAGGAGGUGAGGUUCUUCGACGAGAAAGCCAGUGGCAAGUCCAAGGGCUACUGCCAGGUCGAUUUCUAUGACCCUGGUGCAGCUGCUGCCUGCAAGGAGGGCAUGAACGGGCACGCCUUUAAUGGCCGUCCAUGUAUUGUGGCAUUCGCCACACCGAACUCCGUUCGUCGCAUGGGCGAGGCGCAGGUGAAGAACCAGCAGGCCAUGUCUGCGCAGACAUCGAAUAUGCAGCCGAAGGGUGGUAGAGGGGGCGGUGGUGCCACAGGGACCACAGGAGCUGUUGGACCUGGUGGCGGUGGUGGAGCAGGUGGAGGCGGUGGAAAUUGGGGAAGAGGUGGCGGAGGCAUGGGGAAUAGAGGCCCUGUUGGUAAUAUGAGGAAUAGGAUGGGCCCAGCUGGUGGCGGCCGUGGGAUAAUGGGGAAUGGAGGGAUGGUUGCACCGCCACCACCAAUGAUGCCGCCGGGUGGAAUGCUGGGGCAGGGUUUUGAUCCUGCUGGUUACGGCGCUAUGGGAAGGAUGGGUGGUGGAUUUGGCGGUUUUCCUGGUGGACCAGGGGCUAUGCCAUUCCCUGGGCUGAUGCAGCCAUUCCCGCCGGUUGUUGCUCCACAUGUUAACCCAGCUUUCUUUGGUCGGGGUGGAAUGGGUGCUGGUGGAAUGUGGCCUGAUCCCAACAUGGGAGCCUGGGGUGGGGAGGAACAAUCAAGUUACGGGGAUGACGCAGCUUCUGAUCAGCAGUAUGGAGAAGGAGGGAGCCAUGGAAAAGAGAGGCCACCAGAGAGGGAGUGGUCUGGUGCACCAGAGAGGAGGCGUGAAAGGGAGAAGGAUGUGCCUCCUGCACAGGAGUGGCCAGAGAGGAGGCACAGGGAUGAGCGUGACAUGGACCGAGAGAGGAAUCGUGACUAUGACAGAGACAGGGAAAGAGACCGUGACAGGGAAAGAGACCGAGACCGAGACAGGGAGAGGGACAGAGAUAGGGAGAGAGAGAGGGAGAGGGAGAGAGAGAGGCAUAGGGAUGACAGAGAUCGCUAUGGCGAUUAUCACAGGCACAGGGAUCGUGAUUCAGAACGUAAUGAGGACUGGGACAGGGGGAGGUCAUCUGGGAUACGCAGCAGGUCAAGGGAGGCUGACCACUCUAAGCGCAGGCGGAUGACACCUCAGUAG